AUGCCUGUACCUCAACUAAAAUUCUUUCGUGCUCUUUGGGGUGCUGAAGCUCAAUUCUCGACCGACAUCGACCAUCUUUUCACUGAAUUUCAUCGUUUAGGCUAUGCCGGCGUUGAGGCUACGCUUAGUGACAUCCAUCGUAUUUGUCAGAACGAUCAUGAAGCCUUUCGUCGAGCGCUACAUGACAAUCAACUGGAACUGAUCGGUCUAGUACAAACGACUUAUCCAACUAUAAAAAAUGACAUAUGGCAAGAUUUAUCGAUUGAUGAACAUUUGGCCAAUCUAGAGAACCAUUUUGAAGAGUUCAUGCAAUAUAAACCAAUACAUGUAAAUAUCCAAGGUGGUCAGGAUUCAUGGUCAAUUGAGGAAAAUGAACAGUUUUUUGAAAAAGCAUUGGAAGUGCAAGCAAAGUAUCCGCAAGUAACAUCGUCACAUGAAACUCAUCGAAGCCGUUCACUUUACAAUCCGUUCAUCACUGCCCAUAUCGUCAAACGCUUUCCAACUCUUCGUUUAACCGCCGAUUAUUCACAUUUUAUGCUUGUCUGUGAACGUUUACUGGAACAUCCUACAGAUGAUGAACGUUUUCGUCUAUUUGCUUCGCGGAUCGAUCAUCUUCAUGCGCGAGUCGGCUCUACCCAACAUGCUCAAGUCAAUGAUCCGCUCGAAUCGAAGAAAGAAAGUGAGCAAAUGCAGCGAUGGUGGGAAAUGAUAUGGGAUGCACAAAAGAACAGAACAUGGAUAACAUUGACACCUGAGUACGGACCAGUGCCCUAUGCAAUAACGAGUGAAAUCAACGUGUGGGACUUGACCAAUCGAGAGAUGGAACGACAAAAGAAAAACUAUGCAAAAUGGUCAAACAAGGUUCAAUAA